CUCCCCUGGGCCCUGCUCCCUGCCCUCCUGGGCAGCCAGGGCAGCAAGGACGGCACCAAGGGAGCAAACCCCAUGGACAGGACCCUACAGAGACACCACGGAGCCUCCCGGGGUAAGAGACCCCCCACCGGCUUGCAGACAGAGCUGCUGGCUGCCAAGAAGACCCACACUUCACAAAUUGAAGUGAUCCCUUGCAAAAUCUGUGGGGACAAGUCCUCGGGGAUCCACUACGGGGUUAUCACCUGUGAGGGGUGCAAGGGCUUCUUCCGCAGGAGCCAGCAGUGCAACGUGGCCUAUUCCUGCACCCGCCAGCAGAACUGCCCCAUCGACCGCACCAGCCGUAACCGAUGCCAGCACUGCCGCCUGCAGAAGUGCCUGGCACUGGGCAUGUCCCGAGACGCUGUCAAGUUUGGCCGCAUGUCCAAGAAGCAGAGAGACAGCCUGCAUGCAGAAGUACAAAAGCAACUGCAGCAGCAGCAGCAGCAGCAGCAGGAACAGGUCAAAACUCCCUCAGCAGGGGGCCACGGAGCAGAAGCCCUCACCUACACCUUGGGGCUCCCCGAUGGGCAGCUGCCACUGGGUGCCUCACCUGACCUGCCCGAGGCCUCUGCCUGUCCCCCUGGCCUCCUGAGAGCCUCGGGCUCCGGGCCAUCGUAUUCCAGUCACUUAGAGAAGGCGGUGGUCAACGGGGCAUCCUGCCACCUUGAGUAUAGCCCUGAGCGGAGCAAGGCUGAGGACAGAGGCAGCGUCUACGGCUCAGGCAGCCACCCCACUGCCGGCAGAUGUGGACUUCAUUUUGAGGGAUCCAGGUACCCUGGACUCAGAGAUGCUGGACAGGGCCCAGACAGCCACUGCACCCCCAGUUUCUGCAGCACUCCGGAGGCACCAUAUGCCUCUCUGACAGAGAUCGAGCACCUGGUACAAAACGUCUGCAAGUCCUACCGAGAGACAUGCCAGCUGCGGCUGGAGGACCUGCUACGGCAACGCACCAACCUCUUCUCCCGGGAGGAGGUGACCAGCUACCAGAGGAAGUCGGCGUGGGAGAUGUGGGAACGCUGUGCCCACCGCCUCACCGAGGCCAUUCAGUACGUGGUAGAGUUCGCCAAACGGCUCUCAGGCUUCAUGGACCUCUGCCAGAAUGACCAGAUCGUGCUGCUGAAAGCAGGAGCAAUGGAGGUUGUGCUGGUCAGGAUGUGCCGGGCCUACAAUGCCGACAACCAUACAGUCUUUUUUGAAGGCAAAUACGGUGGCGUGGAGCUGUUUCGAGCCUUGGGCUGCAGCGAGCUCAUCAGCUCCAUGUUCGACUUCUCGCACUCCCUCAGUGCCUUGCGCUUUUCCGAAGACGAGAUCGCUCUCUACACAGCCCUGGUUCUCAUCAAUGCCAACCGGCCUGGGCUCCAGGAGAAGAGGAAAGUAGAACAGCUGCAGAACAAUCUGGAGCUGGCCUUUCACCAUCAGCUCUGCAAGACUCAUCGCCAAGGCCUUCUGGCCAAGCUGCCACCCAAAGGGAAGCUCCGGAGCCUGUGCAACCAGCACGUGGAGAAGCUGCGGAUCUUCCAGCACCUGCACCCUGUCGUGGUCCAAGCUGCUUUCCCUCCGCUCUACAAGGAGCUCUUCAGUACGGAAAUCGAGGCCCCUGAGGGGCUGUCCAAGUGACCCGGAGGAGGGCUGUCUUUCCAGUCCCUUCAGCCUGCCAGCCCAACUCCUGGAGCCCUUGCCCUUCGGCCUCUCCCUUCCCUGUGCCCCAUGGAGGGUUGUAACUACCUGAUGCCUAGAAGCGAACAAACACGGGGGCUAGGUUUCUGCACCCAGGCUGACCUGGCACUGGGGACGGUAGCCAGAAGGUGAUGAUGGAGAAAAACCUUGCUCUGUUUCAUUCAUGUCCCCUGCCUUCAACACUGGCUUCUGCGAGGUGUGUGAAGUGGGUAGGACAUGAGGACUUCUAGGACAACCAAAGUGCCCUCAAAAAAAGCAAAUAAAUAAAAUAAAGCCGGGCGUGGUGGUGCACGCCUUUCAUCCCAGCACUCGGGAGGCAGAGGUAGGAGGAUCGCUGUGAGUUCGAGGCCACCCUGAGACUACAGAGUGAAUUCCAGGUCAGCCUGGGCUAGAGUGAGACCGCACCUCAAAGAAAAAGAAAGAAAAGAAAAGAAAAAAAGAUUCUGGGCGUUUGACAUGAAGAGAACUCAAAUUCUAGGCUUAGAAUCUAAGAACAUCAUUGAAAUACCUCAUGUGUCUCCCUAUGGGCACUGGCUUGUGGACAGGUCAAGCUCAAGGUCAGAGAUGGACAGCGAGAGCCCAGAAGGACCUGUACAUACAGAAACCUGGACCCUUAGACUUUCUGCCUUCUCCGUUCAGCAAAGAAGUUGUUAUUGGACAUCCUGCCCUUUCCCUGGGGUCUAAAAACACUUGGAUAUGUGGAGGGUAAGGAUGGGGUGGGGGGCUAAGGGCAGGAUAAUUAUCUUUUUGUGUGUGGCUUGGGUGUGGUGAGAAGGUACAAUGGAGGCCGAGAUCAUCAAAGACAAAAUACAAUUAGAAUGCAAACAUCUUA